AAAAACAAAUGGCAACUGGUUUCAGGAGCUCCAUGACUUCCCUUUGACGUCUCCCUGUGACGUUUUGGCUACAGAGUCCAGAAAGCGGAGGAGGCGGCAGCGCCGCGGAGCGCAGUCCCGGUGUCUCGGAGUCCCGGCGUCUGAGCAUGAGCGCGGCCGUGCGGACGGUGCGGGCUGCGGGCGGGGGCCGCUCGGUGUGCGUGCAGUGGGAGGACGGGAGCGAGAGCAGCUACCCGAGCGUGUGGCUGCGGGACAGCUGCCAGUGCCCACUCUGCUUCCUGCCCUCCGCCGGGGCGCGCAGGCUGCGCCUCGAGGACCUGGAUGUGGACAUCGUGGCCAAGCAGGUUGCUCUGGCAGAUAGCAAAAAGAUCUCUAUUACAUGGCCUGAUGAACACACAAGUGAAUAUGAAGCUGAGUGGUUGAAAAAACGGUGCUUCUCUGAAGAAGCCAGAGCUGAAAUGCGAGUAGAUUUAUUUUUGCCAGAACAUCAGUACUGGGGCUCAGACCUUCAACUUCCCAAAAUACCUUUUGAAGAGAUCAUGUACAAUGAUGAAAGUGCAUACAGGUGGUUGUGCACCCUAAAGAAAGUAGGAAUUGUUCUACUGACGGGAGCUGCUACAGGGCAGGGAGAAUUGAUUAGACUUGGCCACAGGAUUGGGUUCCUGCGUCUCACAUUUUAUGGACCAACUUGGCAAGUGCAAGACAAAGCAGAUGCUAACAAUGUAGCAUACACAACUGAGAGACUCUGUUUUCACACUGAUUACCCUGCUCUGCAGCAUCCACCUGGGGUUCAGUUUCUUCAUUGUAUAAAGCAAACAGCUGCAGGAGGUGAAAGUGAAGUUGUAGAUGGAUUUCAUGUAUGCAACAAGCUGAAGAAACAAAAUCCUGAGGCAUAUCAGAUCCUGUCCUCUACUGCUGUAGACUAUACUGAUGUUGGGGUGGAUUACUGUGAUUUUGCUGUGCACAGCAAACAAAGGAUUAUAGACACAGAUUCUAGAGGUCAAGCAAUUCGCAUCAAUUUUAACAAUGCAACAAGAGACACAGUGUUUGAUGUACCAGCUGAAAAAGUGAGGCCAUUUUAUGCAGCUCUAAAGGAAUUUAAUGAUUUAUUGAACAGCGCAGAACACAAGUUUACUUUCAAGAUGAAACCAGGAGAUGUACUGACAUUUGAUAACUGGCGUGUGCUCCACGGCCGCCAAGGCUACCCAUCCUGUCCAGAAGUGACACGUCACCUGGAAGGUGCCUAUGCAGACUGGGAUGUAGUAUUGUCAAGGCUCCAGCUCCUUAGGAAAAGGGUCCUGAAGAGGUCUAGGCAAUGAAAGGUGAUGCUUCCCUGGGAGAUCUGCAGUUUUCCUCUGUGGAAGCAGGGAGCAGAAGUUAGCCAAGGAAGAAAUUCAGUUGGGACUGAAAUUUGCAGGUGAAUAAAUAAAUGCUGAUGAUGAGAAGUAGCCCCAAGGAGUGUGGAUGAGUAGGAAAGCACAAAGGGGAAGCAGGCUACAGCACUUCCUUGUAGGAAGGCAGAAACCCCAAAAUCUAAGACACAAAACUUUCUCCUAAAAGAAAAAAGUACACAAAAGGUGAUUUUGUGCCUUUUUUUCUUUUUUAGAUCAGAUUGCUUGUGAAAUAUUAAAUGCUUCACGUUGCAGAACAA